AUGAGGUUGCUGAAAAUUCUUCGACAGCCUACGACCGGUUGCACCUUUAUUGGGGUUCAUCAGGUAGGCGCAGUCUCCGAGUUUCUGUCAACCUUACGUUCUACUUGUACUCAUUUGCAAAUCAUUUUGGUUUUCGCGAGAGACUCGACUGAAUCUCUCCAUACCGAAGACUUUGUGGAUCCAACGACUACAGCUCACACACAAACCAUCGAAUCUCUUUGGCAUGUCUACAAGAUGCGGAAUAAACGCCAAUACGGCACGCACCGAUCUUUAGUGGACAGCUACUUGUGUGAGUUCGUUUGGAGGCAAAGAAAUACACUCAUUUGCAAAUCAAUUUGGUUUUCACGAGUGACAACAGAAUCUCCCGUUUAUGGUAUUCUACAACUGAAUGUGCUGCACACAGGCCGCCUCAUGAUUCAGUUGGAACGAUAUUCGAGCCACAUAAAUGAGGUUUUGUGUGCAAGUGUUCAAAAUUUUCUUACGAUGAAUGUCAGUAGGCGCACUAAAAUUGUGAAACUCUAUUAUUCCCUUGGCGAAAGCGCCACCUCUGCACUUCGUGGUUACAAAACCAAACAUGGUCUCAUCAAAGAUCCUUUCACCGUGUCGACCAUUGCACGGUUGAUUGCGGAAUUUGAGUCCAUUGGACCUGUAUUGGAUUUUCCUGGCAAAGGGAAAAAGUCUCUGAGUGAUGAAAGAGCGCCCAUUGUACAGAAUGCCGUCGAGCAACUUCAGUCCCAGAGCACCAUGGCAUCUUCGUCAAUAACUCAGCGUGCGUUGUAUUGUGAGACGCCACCUUCAUCUCAACAAGAUAGCGCUCCACCCCACUACACAAACCAAGUGAGAACUUACCUCCGAGAGCAAUUUUCUGAUGAGAGAGUCAUUGCUUGUAGAUUUCCAAACUUUUGGCCCGCAAGGUCAUCCGAUCUCGCACCUCUGAAUUAUUGGUUUUGGGGUAUGAUCAAGGCUCGCGUACAUCAAGCAAAUAAACCGAAGGAUUCGGUGGAGUUAAGAGCAAGAAUUGAAGAGGAGUGUGCACGAAUGACGCCUGAAGAAGUUAAACAUACUGUGUCUCACAUCUCAUGCCGCCUCCAACUUGUUAUAGAAGAAAGGGGCGCUUUGUUUCAAUAUAUUUUAGUUUAG